UUAGCGCAAUCGAACGUGCCGAGCCGCGUUUUGUUUCGUCGCGUGUAGUGUGUACGCGUGUGUCGAACGCGUCGCGCGUGAGUACCGCGGGGAGUUAACGGUAUCAUGUUUAAAAAAGCAAUCCGAGGCGCGCCAGUGACGAUAACAUGGUCGCCUUGAACGGUGUUUGGUGUACUUGUUCGUUUGGUGAUGUCUGUUCAUCAUCCAUGUGAAUUCGUACUUCCGUUGUACUAUUUAAAUCUUUAUAAUCGCAUAAGAAACGAUAUUCCAAUUGUGCUGGUAAAUACAAAAGAAGCAAACUAGAUUGAACUGUUUAACGAAGUUCAAUGCCGUGAAUUAUGAAUUCUUCUGUGAUUUCGGACUAUCGGCAUGCCGAGUAAUGUGGGACACACGGCAGUGGUGCUUCGGUAGUGAUUGUGUUAUCGACGUGUCAUCAUCGAGGACGAACGACACGGAUCCACUUCGCGGCCAGGAAUGUAUGCGUCGCACUGGUACAGCUAUGAGGGGCGGGAAAUUCUUCAUCUUCAAUAAGAAGCUUCUUUGAGCAUCGCUUUGUCCAGGAUUUACGCACUGGUUGUGGAGAAAGGCUUCGAAAAGAACAAAGGGAAAAGAACAAGAAGAAACUAAACCAUUCGAUCGACUAUAUCCGAGUCCUAACUAUCCGCAUCGAGUCGAUCUUCUUUCUCAAAAAUUCGUUUUUCUAAUUGGAGAAGAGCCCUAAGAUCGAUCUAUAAGACCGUAGAUCGAGGAUCGCGAUUUACCAUCGACCAGGAACGGAGCAUGAAGCCGGAAGAUCCGCAAACCAGGUCGUUGAGCAGUCAUUAAACCAGCUGUGACCGCAGUUCAUCGUGCUUGUUAAUCGUUUGCACAAGGUAGAAAGUCGAAAUCGUCACGGAACUAUAAUAUAUUACAUAGCUGGAAACCUGAGUCACGAUUCUUGGUAGAAUGAUAUUUGCAAGUUUCGCGCGAUCCUAACGAUUCGUCCGAGAACGAGCAGAGGUGGAAAAAAGGUCUAACGAGAGAGCAACUAGCGAUUCUGCUCGAGGCAAACGAUCGUUCGAGUUCCUUGGAUCUGGAAAAGGAGAAGCGAAACCGCGUUGUCUGUUGUUCGAUCUUGUUCGAGGUCCAUCGGCUGAGAUCAAACUGUUUAGAAUCGCUUGACACACAGAGAGGGCCUUUGUUCGACGAUCGAUCGAUCUGGUGGAGGUGGGGAGGCGAAACACGUUAAAGGGUGGGGUAAUUUGGGAAGAUUUGACGAUCGCCUUCUCGAUAGUACAGUCUUCGCUGAGACAGGAAGAUGAAGAUGAGGUGGUUACUGGUGGUCGUGCUCCUUUCCACCACAACGCUGCUGUCCUGCUGCCAACCAAAUAGAGUUUGGUACAGGACAAGCCUCGACGAUGACGACGACGAGAUUAGGAGCAGAUACGAAGCGAAUUACGCAUAUACAAACACCGAGAAGGCUACCCCUAGGAACGGACGUCGUGAGAGGAACCUGGACGAUUCUGACGAUCCGUUUUACGAGCGGAUCGUUUCCUACAGAAGCAACAGGGCCAUCGAUGCUUCCAGGUUGACGGAAGCCAACGCAAAAUUGACCCAGCAACCGGGCCAACUACCGAACCUCCCUAAAUCGAACGCAAAACCAAUCGACGUGGUUCACGAGAAGGGUCGACGAAGGGUCACAAACAAAAACGUGACGAUUGGCGAUGGAAUUUGCCAAAGCAUCGAUAUACGGAACAGCGCGUCUGGUUUCGGCAUUAUGAAGGAUUGUCGCGUGAUAGAGGGCUUUCUGCAGAUCGUCCUCAUCGAGAAUAACUCCGAGACGGACUUUCAACCGAUCACUUUUCCCAAACUUCGGGAAAUCACUGGCUACCUGCUUCUCUAUCGCGUGAAUGGAUUGAAGACCCUCAGCAAUCUGUUCCCAAAUCUCGAGGUGAUCAGAGGCAACAUCUUGCUGACCGAUUACGCGUUCAUGGUGUACGAGAUGCAGAAUCUACAGGAGAUCGGUUUGAAGAAACUUACCGAGAUCUCACGGGGCAGCGUUCGGAUCGAGAAGAAUCCGGCGUUGUGUUACACCACCCUCGACUGGGACCUCAUCGUUUCUGCGGGGGAGAAUGUUAUCAAGGACAACGGGGAGGAAGCCUCUUGCCCUGGCGAAGAACGGUUCGGAUGUUCCCACUGUCCCGGGGGUUACUGCUGGACUUCGCAGCACUGCCAGAGAACAGAGAGGCUGGAUUGUCACGAUCAGUGUCUGGGCGAGUGUCACGGUCCAACGGAAAGCGAAUGUUACGUAUGCAAGCAUUAUCGGCACGAGGGGAAAUGCGUGGAAACCUGCCCUAGUGAUCUAUACUCCUAUCUCUCGAGACGCUGCGUCACGAAGGAUGAGUGUGUACGAAUGAAUCGUAUGAGACGAGUAUAUUAUAUCCUGGAAGAUGGUCAGGCGUGGAGACCAUUCAAUGGAUCCUGCGUGACUCAUUGCCCUGACGGUUACGAGGAUGCACUCGACGAGAACAAUAUUGCGAGAUCAAGGAAGGAAAAUGGGAAGAUGACCACGUGUCGCGCUUGCGUGAACAGCUGCCGGAAGGUCGGCCACGGCGCUCUGAUCCGCCACAUCUCCGACGCCCAGAGCUUCCGUGGUAUAACCGUAGUGAAAGGCGCGCUAGAGUUUCAAAUUCGAAAUGGAAAUCCGAACAUAAUGAACGAACUAAGCGACGCUUUCGGUCGAGUCGAAGAAAUUACCGAGUACGUCAAGAUCACUCACUCGUUCCCCAUCACCUCGUUGAAUUUUUUCAAAAAGCUCAAGGUUAUCAAGGGUGAGAAACUGGACAUCAACAACGCCAGCCUAUCCGUCUUGGACAAUCCCAAUCUGUCCAGCCUGUUCCCACCUGGGCAAGAAAUCAAAAUCGAAAAUGGCCGACUAUUUUUCCAUUACAAUCCAAAGCUCUGCUUGUCCAAAAUCAUACAGUUCAGUCAAAUGGUGAACAUCACGAACUACACCGAUCUGGAAAUACAGCCGCAGUCGAAUGGCGAGAAAGUGGCUUGCGAUAUAGUGAAUAUAAAUAUCACGGUUAAAAAUCUGGGACCCGAUUACGCGGAUUUGAUGUGGGAUAGUUACAAGCCACCGGAAGGGCAGCAGUUGCUCAGUUACCUGUUGAAUUACAUCGAGACGGAAAACCAGAACAUCACGUACGAGAUGAACGCUUGCGGGUGGAACAACACCUGGCAGAUAGUCGACGUAGAUAUUCCUAAAUGGAAUACAACGGUUUCGAAGCACAUCAGCAACCUGAAGCCCUACACUAUGUACGCGGUAUACGUAAAGACGUUCAACGCCAGGACCACCAAGUUCGUGGGACCAGUGGGCCAGUCGAGAAUCAUCUUCUUCAGGACGAAGAGCACCAUUCCAUCGCCUCCGAUGAACGCGGUAUCCACUGCCUUGAGCGAGACUGAGAUUCUAGUCAAGUGGGAACCGCCACUGUUCCCUAACGGGCCAAUAGGAUACUACAUGGUCUCUAGCGUCAUGAUCUACGAAGACGAGAAUCUAAUCUCGUCCAGGGAUUACUGCAACGAUACGCUAGACAACGAACUGGAAUCUGAAGAAGUGGUGCCGGACGUAACCGUGAAGACGCCAGUGGUAAAUCGGGUUUCGUGUUGCUCGAAGAACACGAACAGGAAUAUCAUCACGUCGAAGAAGUUCGAGAUUUUCUGCCACGAGAACACGACUAUCAGCUACAUAUCACCCGGCUGGAAGGAUUACUGCGUGUACAACUCCUACAACGCCGUGGACAAUCAGUUCUACGAGCUUACGAACAAUCUGUCCACCCCUCGACCGGAAGAAUCCAGCAGAUUCGAUGCAUCCAAGUCCACGGGGAACGUGUUGGACAAGCACGCGGUCACGUACAACGUUAGCGGCCGAAACAAUUCGUUCGUGAUCAAGAAUCUGCGUCAUUACUCGCGCUACAUCAUCAGUAUAGCCGCGUGCGGCGUCAAAGUCAACGAGUCGAAUAUGUGCUCAUCGAUUCAGUACACGAACACCCGAACGAGGAAGCGGAAUCGUGCGGAUGACGUGAAGAACGUGAAGGUUCAGGUGACCAACAACACCAUCGUUGAGGUUUUUUGGGACCUGGUUAAAGAUCCUAACGCCCUCACCGUUUCAUACACCAUCGAAUACACCAACAUGGACGUGAAAGACGCGAAGAAGAGCACCGAGUGCAUCCCACGAACUGGUCGAAAAGAUACCAUGAACAGUUAUUUGAUCAAGAACUUGAGCCCUGGAAAAUACAGUUUACGGAUGAAGUCCACGUCGUUGGCCGGUGAUGGUAACUUCUCGAACGUGGUGUACUUUUCCAUAGGUCUGAGCAACAGCACACCCAUCACGUUAAUAGCGUUGUUGACGUUUGUUAUUUUGCUUAUAAUAUUGAUCGUUCUAUUAUUCUUUUUGAGACAUUAUCAGAAGAGGAAGAAACAGGAAAGACUGAUCGCCAGCGUAAACCCUGAUUACAUAGAAACCAAGUACGUGAUCGACGAGUGGGAGGUACCUAGGGAAAGCGUGGAGAUCUUGGAGGAACUUGGUUUGGGCAAUUUUGGUAUGGUGUAUAGAGGAGUGUACGACAAGACUACGCCAGUGGCCAUCAAAACGAUUUCGAAGACGGCUAGUCAGAGGGAGAAGAACGAGUUCCUGAACGAAGCCUCUGUAAUGAAGAACUUCUCGACUUUUCACAUAAUUAAACUCAUCGGCGUGGUAUCCAUCGAGAACCCCCCGUUCGUUAUCAUGGAACUAAUGGAGAAUGGAGAUUUGAAGACCUAUCUGCGUCGGAUUCGCGACACCCAUCUCGUACCGGAUGCCUGCAGAAUUAUGAGGAUGGCGGCUGAGAUAGCCGAUGGCAUGGCUUAUUUGGAAUCGAAGAAGUACGUGCAUCGGGACUUAGCUGCGCGGAAUUGCAUGGUGUCGAAGAACUUGGUGUGCAAGAUCGGUGACUUUGGCAUGGCCAGAGACGUCUAUGAAACGGACUACUACAAAAUCGGUAGGAAAGGUCUUCUUCCGAUCAGAUGGAUGGCACCGGAGAAUCUGUCGGACGGUGUGUUUACGUCAGAUUCUGACGUCUGGUCGUUCGGUGUGGUUCUCUAUGAGAUUUUAACUCUCGCAGAGAUUCCUUACCAAGGUUUCUCUAACGAGGAAGUGCUCAGUCAUGUGUUGCACAAAGGGAUACUAAAUAUUCCACGUAAUUGUCCCGAAAAUAUCCAUAAGAUCAUGGAGAAGUGUUUCAAGUGGCGACCAAACGAACGUCCCACGUUCAUGGAGAUCGUGUCAGAGCUGGAGCCGUUUCUUGGCCAAGAUUUCUACGAGAAAUCGUUCUACCACUCGGAGGAAGGUGUGGAGAGCCGAAACUCGGGUAUGAAGAAACCCUAUCAUCACGCAGCUCCUAUCAGAUUUCAUUGGGGCAACGAGACGGCCAGGUGGGUAAAGGAGUUCGAGGACAACGUGACGCUGUUGGAUCAGACGAAAGCUGGCACCAGCAGGGGACGCAUUUUUAAGAACGGCUUCCAGCAUUUCGGUAAUGUAGCCAACAUGGAGGACGUACCCCUCGAUCGAUGAAGUUCUACGGUCAGUCUAUAAUAGCGAAUUUUGCAAUGGCGUAAGUGUAUUCGUCCGGGACAAGUCCCCGGCAAGUCACAAACUCGUUUAGGUACGAUGUACAAAGGAUACUCAGGGCAAUGAAUCGUGAACGAGGGCCCAACGAGUUCGGCAGACGGGAAUGGGCAAGGAUUUUUUUUCUGUCUCUUGCCAGCCUGACAAGUUCAGGACGACGCUUGAAAAGAUUCGUCUGUCGGUGCUCGUUGAUUUCCAAUUAGGACCUUAAUGGCAACGAGCGACUAAGAAUAUCUUCACAGCUUUUCGUGCAUACGUUCUCCGCUCUAUCCGAGCGCUAGUAGUAUGUAUAAUGUUUAACUUAACCAAAAGCGUUUGAAGGCAGAAUCCAGUCAGGCGCGAUGUUUUUCUUUGAUUUCUUUUGUUUUUCUUCUUAGAAAGCGUAACCAAAAGCUCUUAGCUCCUCGGCCAUGCAAGCCUAUGAACUUUGUUCAUUCCUCGAAAGGAUUAUAUUUCGUUUCGUCCUUUCACAUGGAUAUUUCUUUCUGUUUUUCUUCUACCUUUUCUCUCUAGAUUAGUAGAUAAUGUUUUAAGGACACGCGUUUUUUUGUUAACUUGCAGUCUCCUGCCGCUCAAAGAACUGACUAAUUAUAUGUGCUAGGUACGAAGUUGCGUAGAGUUCGUAAGCCCAGGUACAAUGAAUUCUUUGUUGUUUGAUACUCGUUGCAUUUUCAACUCAUUGUUCAAAACUGCCCUGUCUAAACUUGCCAAGUUUGGUGCUCGUCCAAGAUCAAAUUUUUGAUUGUGUACAUUUUUAUAAAGGGAACAUUACUGACUGCUAGUUAUUAGAUCCAGAAAAAUAGACGGAAAUAAAAGAGACUCGAGAGACUCGGAAGGAAAACAUUUUACUACAGAUAACAGUAAUUUGAUUGUGCUUCGAUGCAUAAACGACUGGAAAUGCUGAGUAACAAUGAAUUCACUGUAUUCACGCGCAGUUUUUGCGAGGAAGAAAGUGGAAGAAGACACAUUCGCGUCGUAGGUACUUUCUUCGUCGACCGUUUCAAAACGACGCGACGACCGAUCGAAAGUUCAAAGCUCAUCGAAUCGCAUUGUCGUGCUCCAUUUGCCAAGUGGGACUCGAUGUGUCAAGAUUUAUGGAUGCUUAUACAUAUCUACCAACGUUCUAUCAAGAGAGGAAGACUUAGCAAUACCAUGAAUUAAAAAAAAAAACCCCCCUUUUUCACACUGUUGCAAUACUCUAAGAUUCCAAAAUUAAGCAGAGUUCGUUUCCAUUUUUAUACGAACGACGUCAGUCAGGUUUUCCGAAAAACAAAAAAAAAAAAAAACAAAAAAAGAAAAAAAAAAGAAGGUAGACUAAAAAUGAUGAAACGAUCUCUGUAUCAUCAAGAGAAUCUGGCGGUGCAGCCAAACGGUAAAAUAAUUUGAUUAGAAAUUACAUCACCGCGCCAUAUCGAAUCCAUUGAUUUACUUUCUUUCUGACAGCAGAAUCGUUGAAAGAAUCACAAAAUUUUGAAACAAGAUACCAUUCAAACUCGUGCUACUGAUCUCUUCUAUUAAAGAAACGAAUUUAUUUUCACUAAAAUCUUAUAGAAUUUAGGCGAAUGUAUACAUUGUUCAAUCACUGUACACGUUUGCUAAAUUCUAUACUUGCAAUCUGACAACAGAAUCCUUUCAGAAUUUAAGAAACUCUUACAUUUUCCCUUUAUUCGAUCUAUAAAAUCAACCGAUGAAAAUGCUCGAGCAAUUUCCCUUUCCAGUUUUAUAUUCAUUCUAUGAUCUUUUUCUAGAUCCUAUUCCCUUCCAGAAACUUCCGAUUCAUUCUGCGAUUCGUUCCAUCAUGAAAGAACGAUCGAAAAGAGAGGCAAAGAAGCAGCUGCACGGCGAUGCACCGCCACCCCAUUUCGUCCACGAAUCGAUCCCAGACUGUGUUCAUAGGACAGAGUCGACCGGAAGCCGACAGAAAGAGAGAGAAGAUAGAGAUAGAGAUUGAAUAAGGGGGCGGGGAGGGGUAGGAAGGGAGGGGGGUAAUUUAGGCGAUCGUCGAGCGCUCGAGAAUCCAUAGACAGACACACUGAUCCCCCUCCGCACGUACAUAGUAGACAUAUACAUACCAGAGUUCCUUGUUCAGACAUACGUAUAUAGUUUACGCGAGGCGUGCCCGUGUGCGCGUGUACACAUAUUUUAUUCGCGGAGGAAGAUAAUGGUUACACUUCCGGGGGCACAUGCGCGCUAAGCCGCGUUUCCAUCGUGCAACGUAUACGUUGUUCUACGUAAAAAAGAAAAGAAAGAAAAAAAAAAUAGAAAACACUUGCAAUAAGCAUGCCAACAAUCUUCUUGCAAUAAGUACUGAAUAUAAUUAAACGUAUAAAAAAUAGAUAAGCGUUGUAAGCGUGUAUAGCGGCUUAGGUAAAUGCAAAGGGAAUCUAAGAGACAGAAAAAGAGUAUAUCUCUAUUUUAUUGUAAUGAUAUAUAUAUAUACAUAUAUAUAUAUAUUCUAUAUAUAUAUGUAUACAUGUACACAUAAUAGGCACACGUUCGUAUAAGUAUUUUUCGGCUGCAUUGUAUAUAUAUAUAUUCACUCUUCGACCGAUCGACAUAGACACUCGCAGGGGGAAUGAAAGAAAAAGGGGACAGAAAGGUGUACGCGUAUCAUGGCGCACGAAUACAUUGGCGCAGGUACAGACAGAAGUUCCAGAGAGGCUUUUAUCGACGGACGUUGCGAAAAGUCGUCCACCAGAAAGAUUAUGUUCUUUCCGGUUAUUGAACGAUAACAGCCUCCGUUUCCGAUUUCUCGCUCUUUCAUUAUUUUGAAUGGAGACACGAAUCGAGUCGGUCCGAGCUGUUAAAUUUCGAGUCUAUUUCGUGAAAGAGAAUUUAUGAUAUGGUUAUGUACUGGGUGUUCAUUCUUAUUGAGUUUGAACGUUUUGAAUAGUUUGUAGUAGUAUUAAAUUUGUUUAGUACGUCAAAAUGAUAGUAGCUUCGUACCUAUUUCUUUUUCUUUUUUUUUUUUUUUCGGACGUCGUUUGAUUUCCUUUUCUACUUUUCUGUAGAGAUUGUAGACGCUCGUGAGACGUAAGUAAUCGAUGCAAAAUCUAUGACAAAGCGUACACGUUCUUGCGCACAGUAUUAAUGUACACUUACAUCGUUGCAUCGAUUAAGAAUGGAGUAAUUACGAUUUUAUCAACAUCGCAUAGAUUGUUAUAACGCCUAAAGCAAAAGAAAGAAACCAUAGUUUUUCAUUUCUUGAAUAUUUUCACUUUAUAAUAAUAUUCGUAAUAAAAUUCUCUCGUAUAUUUAUGAUAAAAGUGUAUUAUAGUGGCGUGAAUAAUUUUUUAAACAUUUAUACGAAUCGAUAAAAAUUGAACACCUUGUACACACCGUAUCAUGCAUUGCAACCUUUCGUUUACCUGGAUCAACUUCACACGGAGAUAAAAGAGUAUAUAUAUUAUAAAUAUAUCGUAUGUUAUUCUUACUAUUAUUACUAUUAUUAUAAUUUCUAUGUUUACACAUAUAUGUAAAUAUUUAACUUAUUUUUAUUUUAUAUUUGAUUGGCGAGCGUAGCUCGUGUCCCGUUAUUACUAUUUCUAAUCGUUUGCUAGCGCACGCAUAGAAGUUCCUUUAAUUUAGCAAUAUUUCAGCGGUAUAUUGUUCGAUUUCGUCAAAUAUUUGCCGUAAUUUAUCCAUGCUAGCUUUAACAUUAACGAUAGUAAUUUGAAAAACGGAGAAUAAGGAUACACAUAGUCGGAAGUCUGACCUGCGCGAAUACCAUGUACCUUCUUUUUCAUUUUCUAUUUUAACCCUUAAUGACUGUCAUACACGGACGUUCGUUCAUCGCAGCACAUCUUUCUUUAAUUAAAAAGUUCACAAAGUCAAACAAACUGGACUAAACGUAUUAUUAUCGUUCAACGUUAGACGAACAGUUCGCAGCAGUUAGUUCAGUAGUAUUAUGUAUUGCAGCACGAUGAUAUUAAGAUAAAGCGGGCGAGGGUGAAAUUUCACUCGUCAUAGCCUUCAAAAAGGAUAGAUAGACUUUUAAACCGACGAAGCGGUUUUAAACGGGGAAAAUAUUUGACAAACAAAAGCGUGUGGUAAGUUAAUUUUACCAUAAAUUACGCUACGAUUAGCAGUCAGGCAGGUAUUACAUAGGAUAAAACGUUACUAAAAGAAUAAUAACGAUAUGAGAUAGUCGUGUUUUAUUGUUGAGAUAUCCGAUCUCCGCGGUCUAAUAUCUUCGGCAACACAGAUAUACGAGAUUCUAAAAGCAUAGAACUUUCUUCGUUUUAAGGUUAAACCGUGCAACCGUGUGAAUAAUCUCUUGAAGGAAUAGAGAACAGUGGAAUGGAAACAAGCAAUCUUACUUACGAUUAGUUACGAAGCAUCGCGAACAUGUUAUGUACCCUAAUGGUCGAUCACAAUGAGUUUGCCCCGUUGUUGCAACCAUUUCUAAACUAUUCCGUCUUUAUCUUCUCGACCUACGUGCAUACGGUUCUAUCGAUACGCUGUUAUUUACUGAAAACCGUUCUAAUUUACUUGGAAACAUUUCAAUUAACUAGUCGCGAAUUGAUUCAGUCGCUUAAAUCGAACUAAAUCUUCCUUGCGACAGUGUUUGAUAAGAUUAAGUAUCGGAUGUUAUUAAAACCGCUGACAACUAUAAUUGACAAUUAGAAAAAUAUAAUUGGAUAAAAGAAUGAGUUAGAGAUCGUUAAGAUGUGUUCGUUAAUGAACAAAUUUACUUAAUUACAGAGAUACCGUUGUUCGAGUAAGGCAAUAUUCAGUAAAUAACGCGUACAGGAGAAUCCUUGAAAUCGAGUCCUGAGAUGUUCACCAUCGCACACGUUGUAUAUAUUAUUGUGUAACAAAUAGUGAUAAUAAUGUUAACAUAACGAUUCGUAUCCGGAUAGAACGAUGUAGGUGAAACGUUGGCACGAUAUUCCAUGAAAUUUCGAUAAUUAGACGAAUGAUAGACUAAUAAAAAAUAGAGGAUAAAUGUUUAAAUUCGCGGCACUGUAUAUACCAAGGUGUCCUAAAAUAUUUGGUCAAAUGAAAUGGAAUUCGAACGAACGACGACGCGUAACGAAAGAAUUGAUUUUGAAGUUUCGAUCGCGUGUGAUAUUGACAAAUAUUUUUCAUGUUAUAAAAAACUUUUUUCAUAUUUCCGGGGGAUUUUUUUAUCUUUUAUUUACUACAAAUUUUCACAUUUUCUUAAGAACUAGUAAGGCAGCAAGAUUUCAAGUUAAAGAUUCUAAAAUGGAAUAUUCUAAGCUUGUCGAACGUUGUCUACGUUGAUAAAAAAAAAAAAAAAAAAAAAAAAAAAAAAGAGUAAUACGAUCGAAAUUGUAGAAACAAUAUUUUAUUCCUCGUUGUUGAUCCUCGAAUCCAUUUUUUCUCAUAUUUGACUGGAUAUUUUUCGAUGCUUCGUUUAGAACGUUAAUCGUUAACAUACUAAUUGUACUAAAUUUUUCAGGAAGGGUCUUUUUCUCUCUUUCUCUCUUUUUCAUUGUGUUCCAUGAUAUCGACAAUGUGUAUAAGGAUAUUAAAAGCGACGAAGAAGAAACUAAAGAAGUAAAAAAAAUGUGUAAAAACGAAAUUUAAAUUUUGCCGCUAAAAUAUGCUAAUGAGAAAGAGAGACUGGAAACUGUAUAAUAAUAUUCUCGAAAAUCAAAAUAUUCUAAUGGGCAUUAAUCGUGUGUAUUUAUCGUGAGCCUCGUGUUUGAAUAAUACACGACUAUUUUUUACGCGUUGCAAUAAGUAGAAAUUUAAAAAUCGUGUAAAUAAAAGAGAAUAAACAUUUCGAAUAACUAGAAGAGGGAGAGAGAGAGAGAAAGAGAGAAAAAAUUGUAUCGAACCAACGUUUGUGGAAAAUAAGUAAAUAAACGAAUAAGAGAAAAAUAUAGAACCCUUAGGGUGUAUAUGAACUAAAAUUAAAAAAUUAAUUAAAAGGGAAAGGGAAUAUCGAAAAUCGAAUACCGGGCCAACGCAUAAAAGACUAAAAAGAGCAGCGAGCUACGUUCUAUGUGGGUGAUCGAUUUUAUUAAAGUAUUUAUUAUUGCCGCCUAGUGCCUGAAGGCAGGAAAUCGUUUCGCGUGCAUUUCCGGAUACGUGGAAGCACGUGUUUCCAUAAAGAAACGCGCGAGGGAGAGAGUUUUUCGUUGAUGCAGGUGGUCAGUGCCGUAACUAGAACUAACUUCCUUAAUAAGUCAUUAACUGCACUAUUACUGGAUUGUUGAAUCAUUAAACGAAGAAUCUACGAUCUUGAUCUAUUAAACGUUAGGCAGUGGAACGAUUUAUAAAAAUUGCAUGGACGGGACUUUAACGAAAGUAAACUAAACUGUAUAAUAAUAAUAAAUACUUCGCAAAUGCUUGCUAUGCGAUUCAGAGAUACGGAAAGUAUUUCUACGAUGUUCUUCUAUCGAUUAAUCGUAUGGUAUUUUUAUUGGAACACGGGCGAGGAAUUUAUACGAAUGAGACAGUUCGUAUAAAUCGAUUAAUAAUGCCAUUUAUAUCUGACAAUCCUCUUUCAAUUUCUUCAAAUUUCAUUCUUUCAAACGUCGACGAAAAAUAUAUUAGUGAAAUUCUUGGGAUGUUCUUUCCAUAAUUACGUCGUUAAGGAAGUGUUAGACUUAAAUAGCGUAAACUGUCUGCCACCUCUCGAUAGCUUAAUCCGAGUCCUUUUCGUUUCGAUCUAGUACACACGCCACUUUCUAUCUGUCGGAUCACAUUCUUUGAAAUAGACUGCAAAAAUAAUCAAGUGCGAAGCAAAGUAGCGAAAGGUAAUAAAACUAACUAAAAAAGAAGGAAAAAAGGUGGUAGGUAGAGGUUCAGUGUCACUGAUUGCUUUCACACGACCUAUAGAACUUUCGAUGUACAUAUUGGAUUGGCAACUAAGUGAUCGCGCAUUUUGUCAGUAUCACCUAAUGACAAAAUCCGCAAUCACUUAGUUGCCGACCCAAUAUGUCGUGUUUUCUCGCGUUAAUUUAUCGAAUGUUAGAGUAUAUGUGGUCCAAUCGCGCGUUACGUUUGCGAUACUCAUCUGUAUCGGUUCUCGUGUACAUAAAUAGAUUUUCUGGAUCUAGAUUUAGUAACUAUGAACAGGGUGAGCACAAGCUUAGCUUGUAGAGUCUGUCGACGAACGAUCAGUCAAGUAAAAGAAACCCUUAAUUCGUUUCACAGGCAAAUAUCCUAAUUUAGCGUAAUCGACGGUAAAGUUAGUAGCACUGAAACGUAGACACACACACACACACACACGCUACGAAGCGUGUGCAGCACCUUAGUUGCCUAUACUAAGUAAUUAUAGACGAUUAAUUAGCACGAGAGUGAAUUUCCGCGAAGUAUCCCACGGUGAACCAGGUUCAGAAGGCUUUCGAACCGUCGUUCGACGCUUUAAAUCGAUAAAUUAGUCGUAAAAGAGGCGAAGCAACAUCGGGCGUGAAUCGUGCUGGUUGCUUUGAUGACUUUCGUUUAAAUUUCACCGACUGGGCUGCUUCCUGAAUGUACAGGGUGUUUAGGAGAAAAGCUCCAAGAUUUUUCUCACUCGUAUUAUUCAUUCGGAUGAAUAAUUUGCUAAAUUAUCUUUGAUACAACUUGUUCCUUUACGAGAAAUGUUUAUUUUUUUAUAGGCAAUUGUAUACUUUGACAAAAUACUCAUACAUGUACUAUAAAGCCACCAAAUCCGAUCACUGGAUAUUUAUGAACAAUAGCGUUAACUCGCUUAUCGAUCGUGCGAAUGUUGCAUCGAAAUUAGAGAAAGAAACGCGAAAUAUUACUUGGCAAAGAGAAAAGAAAGUUCCUUGCUUUUCUAUGAUUUUUUCUGAUAUUAACGAUAAUCUAUAAUUACGAUACCACGUUGUUUCCUCUUACGUACAAUAUCUCCCGUCUCUUUGUUCCAUAUACUCGUAUUCUCGGAUCGUUUCUUUCCUUCUUUGAGUAUUAUACCGAUCAGACGUGUUCUAUUCUUCUCAGUGAGUAAAAUAUUUCGUUGAAUUAAUUUCAUUAAUAACAUUAACGUCUUAGAUCCUUAUUUUUGUUUUCCACACCACACCCUAUAGCAACCUAUGUGGUCUUGUUGAUUCAGUAUUUUUCUUUUUGCUACUCUGUUUUAUAGGGUUGUUUUUCUUUUUCUCUGAACGUGGUGCUUGGGCGUUGUUUAUCGAACGAAAUUAAUUAACCCAUUUGCAUCGUGGCUCUACUUAAGAGGACUGGUCCCUAUCACCGCGCGCAGUCGGUCCUAGGUGCAGUAAAUGACAUCCGAAUUCUUCAUGGAGUUGAUCGAAAAUUUACCCUUCAAAACGAUUGGUAGACGAUGUUACUUCGCGAACGUCGCAUCUUACAUUCUUUAUGACAGAGGAAAGAAGUAAAAAUUAUUAAAAAAAAAAAAAAAAUUAUUUAGAUUAAAAUGGAAAUAAAAAAAAGCAGUCUCAGCGCGCGUAAUAAUCCGCGCUUGGUGAUAGAAGACAGUCGUCCGAUUGCGGAAUAAUCCACGCUUGGUGAUAGAAGACAGUCGCAGCGCGCGGAUUAAUCCACGCUUGGACGCAAAUGGGUUAAACGACAGGCCACUUCGGAAUUUGUGAUAGUUCUAGUUACGGUACUAGUUGUAAGCGUUCAUAUAGUAUGUAUAGGGUGCGCGAAUGUACGCACAAGAAAAAACGCGCGCUGCGUCUAGUAGAAUUUCAAUGGACUGACACCGAAGAUUUAGUUUUUAAAUUGUAUAGGUAUAUCGCGCCUCAAAUAUUCCUUCGUUCGAACGACUGGCCUUCGAUAGAGAAAUAUUCGCGGUAAUUACGAGUAUCGUAAGAACCUUUGCAACUGCCUGUACAUAGUUCUCGCGGUCUUCAUUUUCGAUGUCUUUUUUUUUUCUAAAAUUGAAGCGCCACUUCUUCUGAAACAAGCGUGAUCUGGGAAUCGGAAGAGGAAAUUACAAACGAUAGUGACAAAGUUUCAGUUCCGAGUGUCGAAUAGCAUUAUUUAUAGAUAUAAAUCGUUCAAUGUUCUUUGGUUUCUUCGAGAUUAAGAGCAUAAUCGUUAGUUAUUACUAUGGCAAGUUUGGAUCGAAUCCAAAAGCUUUGAUCAAUUUCUCAUUCUCUUGAUAUACUUUAAAAUGUUAAAUGUAAAAUAAAUUAUCGUGCGUAUAUUUUUGUGUAACGUGUAAAACGACUAAGGUUAUUCAAUUAGUCGAUUUAUGUUUAACCGUAAAAGUAAUUUUUGUUUAAGAUUCGUUCUAACUCCUUCUUCAGGUUUCGUUGGGUUCUUUUUCAAACAUCUUCCUAUAAAUAGAUCUCUAAUAAGAAUUACGUAAAACGAAUACUGCCUAAGCACGAUCAAACUAUAUAAAUAUACAAACAAGAAACCAUAGAAAAUAAUUUCUAUCGUCUCAAGGUACUAGGAGCAAUAAAAAAAGGUACAACGUAAAAAUUAACUUAGAGAAGUUUAACGAGAUAAGAUUCGAAAUCCAAGAUUCCUGGAUCGCGAAUAGCCUGCAAGACUAAGCUUACUAUAAUACAGCUUGAACUCAGAACUCAGAAAAAAAAAAGGAUAAUUGAGAGGCUGUGAGAAGAAAAGUAUUAUGUGCGGUACUAUGUAAACUAUACUAUCUAUGUACCGUUUCUCAUCAACGUUUAAACAUCGAUAAGUUACAAAUAAGUAAGAAAAUUUACACUGAUAAAUGUCGUAUAAUCGUUUGAACAUAAACAAUUUGAUUAGUCUGAUCUCAGAUUUUUUUUUUUCAUUAGCUCAUAUUUCUUUCUGAUAAAAUUCACGUUUUUCCAUUAUCGAAUCCCUCAAUUAUCCUUAUGGAAAUAAUCGAUCGUAGGAAAGUGUUAACGUUAAUUUCCGAUCGAUUUCCGGCGUAUUUUUAUCCAGACUGGUCGGAUAUUUAAGAUUCUUCUACUCAUCUACCAUACGUAACCAAAAGUAACAGGAAACUUCAAUUUUCUCGAUAUAUAGAAAAGAAAAAGGAGAAAAAGGAACUCGAGGUGCAUAGUCCUAUAUUUUAUACAGACCUUGUUACCUUAAGUAUAUAAUAUCGAUAAUAAGCAGCAUGUAUACGUGUAUAACAAUUCAUCGAACUAUACUAUAUCGUAUAACGAUAAAAAGGAUAAAAAGUUAUAGAUAUAACGAUUUAACGAAUAUCGAUAUACGUAAUUUCCUUUCCUUCAUCUUUUCCUUCUUUCUUUCCUUUUAAGGAUCGUGUACAAUCGGAGCACAGAUGUUAGUGUUCGUUUUUUUUUUUUUUUAAUUAAUUAUUCGAUAUUCAUUUUUUUAUUUAUGAUCGUUAAACAUAGAAGUUAAGAAGCUAUUCCUUUAGCAACGAAUUAUUUUGCUCGCUUAGUGGAUUAUCGAGUUUAUUACUCGUUAAAUAGGGAAUAAGAGCGACAUUGUGAAAAGUAAAAUAUCGCUAUGAUACAGCAUGAUAUAUGCGAUUUCAUCGCGCGUGAUUUUUCCUUCACACAUUUCUCGAAGCAAUAGAAAGCAACGAUGGUUGCAAAAAUAGUUUCGUAUGGAAUGCAAGGGAUGUUUCUGUUUUCUGCGAAAAAGAGGAAUUUGUUUUUCUUUUGGUUUGAAAGUGCGCGUCGAAGCGUGUGCCGUGUUCAGGCAGAAGAAUCUCACGAAUUGAACAACCCGUUUUCAACUUCGUAGCACUUUUGUUAACUCGUAAGAAUUGUCACAUAUCCGCCACAACGUCAGCCGCCAAUUUAUCGUCAAUAGUCAUCCGAGACAUUGACCAGAUCGCCCGUGUUAAACUGCAUUUAAAAAAGAAUAUACGUAUAUAUAAAUAUAUAUAUUGUUCGUGAAAUCCAUUCGGAAGAUUUUAAAUCAUUAGUAACUUUGUGCUUCAUACAUUUUCACAUUGUAUAGAACACAGUCGGAAGAGUAACUAAAUCGAUAAGUCUAAUGUUUCCGUUCUUUUUUUUUUAAUCUAAUUUAAAAGAAACUGUUUUAAUUAAUUUUACUUAUUUAAAAAAUCACGUUAUACGAAAUUGAGUUAGAAAUAUGUCGAAUGAUAUUUGAACAUUACUCGUGAACGAUAAAAGCUUUCCCCAAGGGCGCUUGAUCCUUAAUUAAUAGAUAAUCAUAAUUUAUUAUUUAUCCCGUAUGGGUGAAUCCUCCCAAACGUUUCCCCUCGGUUUUUCGAAAGGUUUCGCGAUAAUGGGAUAACCCAUUAUCCGUCAGAAUUGUUGGAAAUGUAUAUUUACGACAUGAGAUAUCGCCUAACUGUGUUGCAAUUUUCUCAAUGGGAAAAAAUAAAAUAGAAUCGAACGAUCGAUAGAGGAAAAGUUAUAUAGAACUGACGGAUAAUGGGCGAAGAUUUAUUGAAAUUCUGAGGAUAAUAUCGAAGAGAUGAGCCGGAGAACGCGAGGAGAAACCAAAAUCCAGACCUUUCCAUAAGAAACGUUAUUCCUAAUCAAAAAAUCCUGCCAUACCGUGUCUUCCAAGACAGAGACUAUUGAAUAGCGAAUUAGUUUAGUAUUUAUACACGGUUUUACGCCGCUAUCUGUGUUGCGAACUCGCCCAAAUCGACUAAUUAUUAUCGGUGAAUGGAUAUUAUAGAAACUGAUCACAUUCCGAUAUACGGGAAUAACAUUGGAAUUAUUAUUCUAAUUUUGAUAAUAUCGUUGUACCGAAUUUAUAAAAAAAAUAUUUCAUGUCCCGAUGCUCAAACUUUUACAUAGAUUUCAAUCUUCCUCUCGUUUUAAUAGAAAAUGGGAUUUAUAACGUUUUAGAAAGAUGAAAAUUACAAUGAUAAAUCGUGCAUAACGAUAAGAAUCUCUUUCAUAUUUUACUAGAAAUUGAUUUUUCUCUUCGAGUUAAAUUGUAACGGUCACAUUGUCGAUAAUCGAUCUCGCAAAACUAUUUUCUCGUGCGUACGUCAUUUGAACGACGAGUUUCCUGGAUACGAGGAACGUUGUAAGGAAGAAAUAACGAAUAAUAAUAAUAUUUAUGGGCUAGCAAUAUUCGAUAACGAUGAAAAACCGUACCCCUGUAACCCGAAAUAAGUUAAGUUGUCAUUUUAUCCUGUUGAAGAAAAAGUAGCGAACGUGCGAGCAUUGAGAUGAAUGAAAGAAAUAAGUCUGAUUGCCUGUGAAGUGAAAAAAAUAACGCGCGAAUAUUUUACGACGCGGAAAGAAAGAAUCGGCAAACCUCGUUGUCAACUUUCUUACGGCGAAAACGAUGAUGCACGCGCACGCGUAAAAAGAACAUGUUUUUACACUGUGUAAGAUACGAGUUUUAACGAUUGUAUAAGAAAAAAAAAAAAAGGUUCUAUCCGGGAAAAAAUUGGCGGUGGUGUGAAAAAAAAAAACCAGAGACAUCGAAGAUAAAAUUGUUCUGAAAUAAUUACGAUACGAUUAAUGAGAACACUGCACCACGAUUACUUGCGACACUCGAUGUGUAUUUGAAAAAAAAAAAUCUUUCUUUUCAUCAGUUGUAUCGUCUGAGAAUCUAAUUUGGUACAGAAAAAUCAAACACUAUAUCGUUUGUUGCUAUAUGUGUUCGAAAGACGGUUAUUAUUAUUCUUGUGGUCAAGAAAUGAGAAUCUGAUAUAAAAUUGUUUUAAAAUGAAAAAGAAAUGUAUAAGAAAUCCGAACGUUUCGUAUGAUAUAUCGAAUGAUAUUCCCUAAAAUGCAUCACAUACAUACAAGAUCGUGAAAUUUCUAAUUUUAUCGGCAAUCUGCCCUUUACUAACUUAUUUGCAUACUUUCAUUUCGAGUUUCAACGUGAAACUCGUUCGAUUUCUUCGAUAUCUCCUGUUAAUACCCCUUGCCGGACCCGCCACACCUAAUCACACAAAUGUACAUACUUAUAUUGCACUAAUUUUAGUAUUGCCGCUGAGUAUUAUAACUAGUCACAUAAGCCAAAAGUUUGUUACUCUCGCAAAGUUUUCUUUUUUCUCAGUUUUGUAAUAAAGGAGGAUGAGUAAAGUCCUUAAAUCGAA